AUGGCUACAAGCUCAUCUACCACGGCACAUCAAAUCGCAAGGCGUUGGUAUCAUAUUGAAUUGUUUUUUAUAUUGUUUUUUAGAAACAGCAUAACAGCGGUGGAUCGACUAUCGGAUCGCCUCAUGGCUGUAAGAGUAGACACAGGAGAAGUGGAAUUGCUAGUUGUCUCUGCUUAUGUGCCACAGGUGAGCUGUAGUGAAGAAGAGAAGGCGUGCUUUUGGGAAGAUCUGGAGCAGUACGUUCAAUCCCUGGAAGGCGAAGAAGUACUUCUAAUCGGAGGAAACUUCAGCGGACAUGUCGGUUCUCGGAAAGACGGGUUCGAUAGUUGUCAUGGUGGAUACGGGUAUGGAGCUCGUAACGACGAAUCCUGGAGUAUGCUGUUUCAAGUGACUUGA